AUGCUCUCCAACAUCCUCCUUGCGGCCACGGCAGCAACAACAGCCUCAGCGCUCAGCCCGCUCUUCCUCGACACACCCCCUUCCUACUCCCAACCCUACGCCAUCAAACGCUUCGCCCCAGCCAAAGCCGUAGCAGUCGGCCAACAAAUCUACCGCUUCCCAGUAACCGGCGCCGCCUCCGAUGGCAAAUUCUCCCUCCUGUCCACCUCCGCACCCAGCUCCAACGACCUCGGCGUCCUCCCCCACCAACACUACCUCCACUUCGAGAACUUCUUCUGCCUGGAAGGCCGCUUCCAACUCUGGACCUCCAAGAAUGACUCCGAAAACGGCCGCCUCCUGACCGCAGGCGACUACGGCGCCGUCCCCCCAAACACAACGCACACCUUCCAACUCCUCGACCCCUUCACCGAAAUGGUCGGCGCCAUCGGCCCGGGUGGCUUCGAAGACCUCUUCUUCUUCCUCGUCAACUCAAACUACACCGCCGCGACCCGCACGCCCUACGUCCCAUCCAACGCCUCCUCCGCCGCCGGCAGCGGCUCCUCCAGCGCCAUCAUCACCUCCCUGCAAAGCUACGACGUCUGGGCCCAGCUCUCCUACUUCCCCCGCAGGGACUUCGUCAACGGCAGCGCACCUUCCACAUCCGGCUGGCACAGCUCGCCCAACUCCCUCCCACAGAACGACCACACGCCCUACUUCGUCGCGAAGGAUUAUGGACCAAAGUAUCUGCACACCAGCGCGUUCUACCAGAUCGUCCAACCACUCGUCACGCCCGCCCAAGCCGGCGCGAAGAAUUUCACGCAGGGGACUAUCACCAUCUCUAGUUUACCUUCGAAUACUACUCUCGACUCCACCAUCCUUCCGGAUCACACGGCCUUCGAAGUCCUCUCCGGGGAACUGAUCGUGGAAAUGGAAGGCGAGACGCUCGCGCUCGUGAUUGGGGAUGUGGUUUUUAUUCCGGGCGGGACGGCGUUCAAGUACUAUAGCAGUGCGGCUUUCACCAAGUUUCUGUACGUCGCUGCGGGGAGGGAUACCCUCGAUCAGAGAUUGAUUGCUGAGGCGAAGGGGUGGGGGUAUCCUGUUUUUCCGACGGCGUGGCCUUGA